GAGGAUGCAGCUGCUGCUCUGCUGCAGCCGGUCGCCACCUCGGAGGGUUGAAGGCCCGUGUAGCCAGACUGCCUGCCUUUUAUGACAAAUAAGAAAUCCAGAUCGUGCUGGUGUAAAAUCCCCUGAUUUAAAAAAAUUUGGCUAAUCCAGAAUAUUCUCUGGUCAAAGAAAUCACGUCUGAGGGCUGAAUUCAGCCCUUGGCUGGUCGCGGGACCUGUGUAACCAGUUUAUUGCCCGGUGUGAAGUGGACGGGCUGCAAGAAUGAAACGACUGGACUUUUCUGCCAUCGCUGCCUUACAAACUGGUCCCGGCAAAUUUCUCCUCUCCAUCCUGUGACACAGCUCAGGUAGUGGGGCUGGGGUGCUGGGUCGGGUCCCAUCCUCUUGUGACCCGCCCUGCACGGGCCACCUGACAGCUCCGUGGUGCUCCUUGACACUGAUGGUUCUUAUCAUGCGCUUCUCUGGGCUGUGGGACUUUGGACAAUAGGACCACUCUUCCCACCAGGACGUAGCCAGGCAUGAAUGAGGGAGUGCGAACACUCUCCACAUCUUCAUCCGCAUCCCUAUAGCCAGGCCCUGCGCCCACCGGUCUCCUCAAACCCCAACACAGCCCUAGGGGGCAGCCGCACUGCUAUAUGCGCUUUACAGAGGAGGAAACUGAGGCUCAGAGAGGCCCCCAGCUUGUGAAAGGAGGAUUUGAGGUAAGAGUUCCUGACUCCAAAGCCUGGGCUCGCUGUCACUCCCCAGGGGCCUGCUUGGGUGCAGAGGCCUCUGUGGCCGCUGAACACCAGCCCCGCAGCACCCAUCCAGACGAGGCCUUGGGAGCAGCACCCCUGGGUGGGUUCAGCAGCUCCUGCCGAGUCGGGCCCACUCUGCAGGUGGUCAUGGGGCGGGGUGAGACUAGGAACACUGCCCGGUUGCACACACUCACCUUUCACAACCCAACCGAUGGUGCCAUGGAGCAGGAAGGGCGUGGGCGGGGCCACAGGAAGCGGCAACGCUGCGGCCACGGCGCGGGGUGGGGCCGGCUCAUUAGAGCCUGGGAGCUGCGGGACGUGCAGCUGCGGGGCUCCGGCAGGCGUGGACCAGGCUGGCCAGGGAUGGUGACCCGCGGGGCCCUGGGAGUCCUGCUCCUCCUGCACCUGGCCUCAGAUCAGAAGAAUUCCGCAACCACGCAUGAGCAGUCAAGACAACCCUGCAAAGGACUCAUCAAUGCAAUCCGAUUUGACAACUUCGGCCUUAAGGACACUGCUAAGUGCUUCACAGCGUGUGCACCGUCAGGGAAUGAACCCUGCAAUCUGGGAAACUUGCAGAGAUACUGGCUGAACUAUGAGAUCCAUCUGGUGGAGAAGAGUCUGACAGAGACGGUGAAUAUGGAUUUUUUGAAGGCUCUUGUCAAGAACAUCAACACCAACAUCUCAGAAGACCUGCACUUCUCUCUGACCCCCUCUCAGAUUCCGAAGCAGGUGACAGAGGACGAGCACCGGCACACUGACAGAGUCCGGCUGCCCAGGAGCCUUUUUGGAUCCUUGCAAGGCAGCAGGCCAAUGGUUCGGUUGGCCAUAACCAUCCUGGAUAUUGGUUCAGGGAAUGUCUUCAAGGGCCCUCGGCUCAGCCUAGAGGAUGGCAGCAGCGUGUUGAACAAUCGCGUGGUGGGCUUGAGUUUGGGUCAUAUAAACGUCACCGGCCUGGCUGAGCCUUUGGAGAUCACCUUCUCCCACCAGCACCAGCCUCCUAACAUGACCCUCAGCUGUGUAUUCUGGGACGUGACUAAAGGGUCGUCAGGAGACUGGGCUUCCAAGGGCUGCUCCACAGACGUCGGAGUCAAUAGGACCAUCUGCCGCUGUGACCACCUGACCUUCUUCGCCUUGCUGCUGAGGCCGAUCUUGGACCAAGUCACCGUAAAGACCCUCACACGCAUUUCCCAGGCUGGCUGCGGAACCUCCAUGAUCUUCCUGGCCUUCACCGUUGUCCUCUACGCUUUCCUGAGGUUUUCCCGGCAGAAGUUGAACUCCGAAGACGUCCCCAAGAUCCACGUGGCCUUGAGCGUCAGCUUAUUUCUCCUGAAUCUGGCCUUCUUCAUCAAUGUGGGGUACGGCCUGAAGGGGUCCGAUGCUGCCUGUUGGGCCCGGGGGGCCGUCUUCCACUACUUCCUGCUCUGUGCCUUCACCUGGAUGGGCCUGGAAGCCUUCCACCUCUACCUGCUCGUCAUCAAGGUCUUUAACACCUACUUCGGGCACUACUUCCUGAAGCUGAGCCUCGUGGGCUGGGGCCUGCCUGCCCUAAUAGUCAUCGGCACUGGGAGCGCCAACAGCUAUGGCCCCUACGCCAUCCGUGACAAGAAGAACACCACCACGCUGGAGCUGUGCUGGUUCUGUGAGAAAACUGCCACCUCUGCGCUCUACGUCACUGUCCACGGCUAUUUCCUCAUCACCUUCCUCUUCAGCGCCGUGGUCCUGGGCCUGGUGGCCUUGAAGAUCUUCACUCUGUCGAGUGCCACAGCGGGCAAGGAGAAGCGGCAGCACUGGAAGGGGGUCCUCACCCUGCUGGGCCUCUCGAGCCUGGUGGGCGUGAGCUGGGGGCUGGCCAUCCUCACACCCCUAGGCCUGUCCACCACCUACGUCUUUGCACUGUUCACGUCUCUGCAAGGUGUCUUCAUCUUCUGCUGGUUUGUUGUUCUCUACUUCCCAAGACAGAGCACCGUGACCUCGUCUUCUGGCACUGCCCGGGCUGACCAGACCCUCACCGUGUCUCAUGAAUAGCGGGCUGCCAUGUGGCCAGGCUGGGGCUGGCCUGCACUCUGGACUCAGCUCUGAUUUGCUGAGUGACCUUGGUGGGAGGGAAGAGGUGCUCCCUGCUUCCUUCUGGGCCUCAGCACCCUUCUCUGUACAAUAGGACUGGGGAGCAAGGGGAUGGGAACCAGGUUGGACCAUGUGGCCUCAAAGGUCUUAUCCAGAUACACCUAUGGGUCUGAGAGUUCACAGAUCCAGGAUGGCAGGAGUCUCAAAUCCCUGUAAUCCUAAGACCCUGCCGGCACGCCCACCCCCUGCCUUCAGAGCAAAGCGGCCUUCUGGUCUCAGGAAGGGCCUGAGCCCAAAUAAGGAAGUCUGUCAUUGGCCUCUUGAAGGAGCCCCCAGCCGCUCCCCUCCCUUCCUUCCCCUUGUCACUGCCCUCCCACAACUCCACCCUCUGGCCGGGCACGUGGGGGGCCCUCAGGGCCACCAUCCCCUCAGGCACUGGGGCAGUUGUGGACUGGAGGUUUGUUGCCUGGUGGGGGGGGGGGAGUGGGGUUUGGUCCUCGCACCCAGGCUGCCCCUGGUCUCAGCCACUCACCAGGGCCCAUCCUCAUGGAAGACCCCCUACCGUUCAGGGGGCUGCCAGCCCUCCAAGUGUUGGGGACACCGAAUAUCAAAGAAUGCCACUUACUCAGUAGGUGGGAUACGUCAAGCAAGCCCCCGUUCCCCACUCUGGCC